AUGCGACCCUCAAUGCGCCUCCCUCUGCGGGAGGCAAAUUUCAUCUGUUCCAGCUGCAGAAUUCAAGCCACCCCCCGUAUCUCGCCUCUCGGCCAAACCCGCCGCUAUGCCUCCGACUCCUCCCCCGGAAUCCUCGAGCGCGCUCGGCGCAAGAUUUGGGGCACCGAAAAACCCCCAGGCCCAGCAGACCCCUACACUGGAAGUCAGAUCAUGCCUGGAACUGGUAUGAGCCCCGGAGAGCCCGCAUCAGAGGAGGCAUUUAGUCUCGAAGAGGGUCAAGCACGAUCCGAAGAAAUUGAGGAGAACCUGACCUGGGAGGGAAUGCCCAGGAUUGGCUAUCUCAAGGAAAAAGAAUGGCGUCUGAGGGGUCCGAAAGGGCAUGCCGAUAGAGUCAAACCAUGGUACAACAACCCACGCCCUUUACCGUACCUGAAGGCUGCACACCAAGCUGCCGUGGAAAUUGGUUUGAUGCAAAUGUUGGGAGGAAAAGUCACUGUUGUUAGCAAGCCUAGCAGCCGAGCGAUCGAAGCCCAGCUCAAGUCGGUUAAGAUCGAAGGCGAGUCUGGUAACUGGGGUGACCGUCUUCGGUUCCCCGACAUUAAAACAAUGGAAUCUCUUCUGCGCAAUGCGGCGGGUGCUGUGGACAGCAAGGCCGGCGAGACCGCUCUCCAGGAGAAAUUGAAGGCAGCUAGCGAGCAAGGAGAUCGCCUGUAUGGCGCAGAGUCCAAGGGUCAGAUGCAGAACCGCCUCAGUUCUCUGUCGCUGGCUGAUGGAAACGUCAAGUUUGUCUUCUUCGCCCGCCUCUCCAAAUUGAUGUCUCAGCACAUUUCUGACCACAUCGUCACCUCUUCCGCCACUACUGGAGAUGUCUUCCGCGCACAGGAGGCACUUCGCAAAAAGACCACCCGAUUGACUCCUGUGCUUCUCCAUAAGAUUAUGGACAAGAACGGCGCCUCUAAAUUGUCUAAUGUCAAGAUUCUUGACGUCCGCCAGACUCGCCAUGACAAUGAUGAGGAUCUUGGCCGCAAGAAGGUUGUUGUUUCUGCGCUCUACAAGAAUGGUUUGAUCACCAAGAGCCUAGGUCAGAAACAUCAGCCGCCCUGGAAGCAGGCUAAGAAGACCGAGCUGAAUGCCUAG